CAACCUCCGAAACCAGGUCCUCGCAGACUCCACCCCCACCCCCCUCAUUCUUAAGUGUCUCGUUCUGCCCAGGUACUUUAGCUGCCACUUUAGAGUGAGUCAUGAAAGGUGGCAGUAUCUGUGCGAGCCGCGCAUCUCUUUCUUCGGCCGGUCCAGUGGACUCCGAUAGCACGGUGGAAUCCCAAAACAAAGGUGGUGGGCUGCUGGCGCCAGCAUCCCCGGCUCAGUCUUCCGACCAAGGCCGCUCUGUAGACGUCCCAGAGCGCAAGGAUAUGCCGGAGUUUGUGGUGACUGCGCUACUCGCACCCUCACGCCUCUCGCUGAAGCUGCUGCGAGCGCUGGUGAUGAGCCUGGUGUACUUGGCUGCCUUGGUGGCCGCGUUUGUCUAUAGCUGCAUCGCCCUCACCCAUGUGAUGUGCCAUCCUCGCAGGGGCUGCUGCGGCCGCCAGAGGUUGUCUCCCCCAGAGUGCCUGAGAGACCCCACGCUGGGCGAGCAUUGCUUUCUAACCCUCAGGAGUUCCGGCCUGCGUCUGCACUAUGUCUCUGCUGGUCAUGGCAACGGGCCACUCAUGCUAUUUCUGCAUGGCUUCCCAGAGAACUGGUUCAGCUGGCGCUACCAGCUGCGAGAGUUUCAGAGCCAUUUCCAUGUAGUGGCUGUAGACAUGCGUGGUUAUAGUCCCUCUGAUGCUCCAAAGGAAGUGGAUUGUUACACCAUUGACUUGUUGUUGGAUGACAUCAAGGAUAUCAUCCUAGGCCUUGGGUACUCCAAGUGCAUCCUCGUGAGCCACGACUGGGGGGCCUCCCUUGCCUGGGAGUUCUCCAUCUACUACCCAUCCCUAGUGGAGCGUAUGGUUGUGACCAAUGGUCCUCCCAUGUCAGUGAUCCAAGAAUACUCAAUCCACCACAUUGGCCAGAUAUUCCGAUCAAAUUACAUGUUCCUGUUCCAGCUUCCCUGGCUGCCAGAGAAGCUGUUGUCUAUGUCUGACUUCCAGAUUCUCAAAGACACAUUCACUCACCGAAAGAACGGCAUCCCACGACUGACUCCUUCUGAACUUGAAGCAUUCCUUUAUCACUUCUCACAACCUGGAUGCCUCACUGGGCCCAUCAACUACUACAGGAACGUGUUCAGGAACUUCCCCCUGGAGCCCAAGAAACUGUCAACACCCACACUGUUGCUGUGGGGGGAAAAAGACUUUGCCUUCCAGCAGGGGCUGGUGGAAGCCAUUGGAAGACACUUUGUGCCCGGCCGGUUGGAAAGCCACAUUUUGCCAGGCAGUGGGCACUGGAUUCCACAGAGCCAUCCUCAGGAGAUGCAUCAGUACAUGUGGGCCUUCUUGCAAGACCUGCUGGACUAGAAGCUCUUGUUUGCCAGCCUAACAUUGAUAUGUUGGAGCACAUAUCCCCUGUCCUUGUGUACCUGGGAGUCCAUGCAAUGUGUGCAUACAGGGUGUACUCCCAGAACUCCGAGUUACACACAGAAGCAUCUGUGGGUAUCUUGCCUCACACAGCGUGGAUGUCUUACUACUUAUCAAAGCCUCCCUGCCCCCAAGGGCUACACAAAUCAUAAAUUCUAACCUUUCUGUCUUGUUUUC